AUGACAUUCACUCUCCCCCCAUUGCCGGCCAAGCAUCAGUAUCUGGUGAACUGGAUACGAGAUCACCCGAAUACCCCUAUUGAGGAGCUCUUGCAGCCAUUCAAUAAAUACGAGAGAGUUGUACGCAAGCUCUUUGCCCAGGAGCCCUCCCAUCCUGCACUGAAAGACAACUGCAUUGAUAUAGUUCCUCUAUAUGACAGCAACGGCUCGAGUGAUGUCCGCAUCCAAGCCCGGGAUAUUCCCUCGGAGAGUCCAGAGACCCGGGAGAAGUACAUUCUCCCUCUGCAGGACCGCCGUCCAAAUGGCUCAAGCGCCGUGGUACCAACACUGGAUGAGUUCAAGAAGAACUUCACUAUCUUCUCCGAGGGAUCCCUCAGCGACAUGGACUGGAGUAACGUCGUGGUGGCAGGAAGUGCAGUGGUGACCUCGCUAUUGCCUGUGCCAGAGAUAUAUCGCGGUUCAAAGCGUGCGCUCCGUCAAUUCUAUCAUGACCAGUUCGCUCCUGCGUCGGACGUCGAUCUCUUCUUGUACGGAUUGACGGAAGAACAGGCCAUUGAAAAGAUCAAGACCAUCGAGGACAAGAUCAAGAACGCGAUCCUGUACGAGACCACCACCGUUCGAACCAAGAAUACCAUCACUAUCGUCUCUCAGUAUCCUACCCGUCAUGUGCAGAUCGUCCUCCGGAUCUACAAGUCCAUCGCGGAGAUUUUGACCGGGUUCGAUGUGGAUUGCUCGUGUGCCGCGUUUGAUGGUAAACAGGUCUAUGUUUCGCCCCGUGCGUUAGCUUCAUAUAUUACCCAGAUAAAUCGGGUUGAUUUAUCGAGACGUUCGCCGUCAUAUGAGAAUCGUCUCUCCAAGUAUUCCCAUCGUGGGUUCGAGAUAUUCUGGCCUGAGCUAGACCGAUCGCGAGUGGAUCCAACUAUUUUUGAGAGAAGCUUCUCCGGAACGGUGGGCUUAGCGCGUCUUCUCGUGCUCGAAAAACUGCCAAAAUCAUCCGAUAGAGAGGCAUACCUCGAUCAAAGACGUCUGGAGCGUGGUCGACCAGCUCGUCCGCAAAGGUACGUCCGCCAGUUACGCGGGAAUAUAAAGAAUGAUUGGGAAGAUGAGACGCCUGAGUGGGUGGAUGGUGAAGAGGUCUCUGAUUAUCACACUGUGACAAUCCCCUAUGGACCAAGAUUCCAUGCCAAGAAGAUCGAGAAGUUACUAUACACAAAAGACUUACUGCUCAAUGCGGAAUGGAAUAAACCCAAGGACAGAGACGUCCAUCUCCACCGUCAUCCUGCAUUUUUCGGCAACGUGGAAGAUGUCAUCCAUGAUUGCUGUGGCUAUUGUCCGGUGCCGGUAACAUCUGAGGAGAAGGAAGUGGCGGAGAAAGAAAGCAAAAUAUACAUCUCCGGUGAUGUAUCCUUCGUGAAAGACGACCCCGGACGUCAGGAGAUAGGAAGUUUCAAUCCGAUUACCGAGACGGACUGGACGGAAAUGGCUUAUGUCGGCAACACCGAACGACUAUGCCAUGCUAUCGUUGAUCACGAUGUCGAUGGCGUCAAAGAGUGGCUGUCACAAGAGAUUGCAGAUCCGAAUAAUCGUGAUUACACAGGACGGACACCACUGCAUCUCGCGUGCUCGGUCUCCACCCCAGAGAUUGUGCAAUGUCUUGUCGAUCAUGGAGCCAGGCUGACGGCUCGUUUGGCAGACGGUUGUACGGCUCUUCAUCUUGCGGCCGCUCGGGGCAGUGUCGAACUCGUCCGAAUCCUGCUGACGAAGAGCGCAGAAAAUGAAGCCGAACAGGACAAAAACGCGGAAAUCCGACGAGGAAAGGCCGCCGAAGAGUACAAGUGUUCCGGAGAUGUGGAAGACGAUAGUACAAAAGAGCACAGAACCUCCACCACCACUGAGUCAUUUGUGCUGGUUCAAAAAGAAUCCAACGACGUUAAAGAGGUCGAGAACUUGCCCGAUGACGCGGAUGACAACCCAGAUAUCUACGACAUCAACGUUCUGUCCUGGGACAGCAAAACGUCUCCCCUUCAUCUGGCCAUUCUGAACGGCCACGUUGACGUCGUCGAGGAACUCGUCGGCUCCUUUGGCGCAGACGUCCUGUUGCCCAUCAAGCUUUUCCACAGCUACAACGAUAGCCCAAGGGCAGCCAUCCUGAACCUGGCCCUGACCCUUAACCUGCCUCUGGAAAAAGCGAAGGCCAUGACCGAGAAACUUCUACAGCUCGGCGCCACGCCAACGCAGGCAGACCUCGACCACAACACCCCACUGCACUACAUUGCCGCAACGCCGUAUCGUGACCUCGUGGAUAUCAUGUUCGAGCAAAGCAAGCCGGCCGCGCAGAAAGCUCUUAAUCACAUUGCUACAAAUGGCAGUUCCUGGCACCCGGAGAUGCAUUCCGUGCUGAACGUGGCCAUCGAAUCCCGCGACAGCGCCACCGUCAUGAAGGUGCUUGAAUACGGCGCGGAACCAUCCAUUGACUUUGAAAAUCUGAUGAAAUCUGCCCGCGCCGCUGGCGUGGCGUCAAACUCGUGCGAGUCAAAUAGGAAAACGUUCCUGCACAAAUUCAUCCAGCCCGUGAUACUCACUGUCGAUAAAGAGAUGCCGCAGGUUACUCUCGCGCUCCUAGACCGCGGCGUGGACCCGAACACAAUGGCUCCAGAAGGAUACCAGGUGCGCGAUGAACAGUAUUGGCAAGGUAGAAAGGUAGGAAAAACUCUCCUGGACUGUGUCCGGAACAAGCUGUUGCAGCUGCGGAAAUACAACCCGGAAAAGCCUCAUCCACCAACACUCCGGCCCCUCGAGUCAGACGAGCACUAUAUAAACGGACUGGAAGAAGACAGCUAUAAGAUGUGGACCACCCGGAAACGAGUAGACGACGAACGGAAAAAACAAAGCGAAGAGAAAAGACGACACGAGAAAGCGGUCUCCGAUGCCACCAAAGACAGAGAGGGAAUUGAGCAGAAGAUGGCCUCCAUCAAGCUCCUCAUCGAGGAAUUCGAGAAGGUGGAAGCCCACCUAAUGAGUAAAGAGGCAAAGACGUUCUCCGAGCUGUUUCCCGAUUUUGAAAGUCCUCGCAGAAACUCGCACUAUUCAAAGAAACAGACCAAAUUGGAGCCUUUCAAGGUGACUUACAACUUCAAGUUGCCAGAACUCACACCCGCGCAAAGCGAGGGAUAUCUCAAACUUUUCGAAGCCGCAUGGUCCGACGACUUGGAUACCAUCAAAGCACUUACAUUAGGGACCUGGGGCGAAGGUACCGUGCAACGGCCACUACAGAUAGCCGUAUCUGAUUCUAACUACUUAACACCAUUCUCUAUCGCCGUACUCCGAGGACACCUGAAGACAGCCAAAGCGAUCCUCGAGAUUGCUCAGGCGCAAUACAAAGUGGACGAAGACGAGGGAACACAGCGCCGUCGACGGUAUGAAAUGGAUAUCAGCGAUAGCGGUGAAGACAGUGAUAGUGACGACGGCAUCCGCGUCUACAGCGAAAUCGUCGACGACAAAUUCACCAUUGACGAUAUCGGCGCUCUGGCUUCGCAAGUGGAAAGCACUGUUUCUCCACUCCAGAUGCUGACGGACCGUUAUCCCGUCACUAUGUUUAUGGAUAGCAUCGAAACGCUCUGGGACUACGAACAACGCAGUUACACCUCUCCUAGGUUUUCCGUGGACAGUCUUUUCGAGUAUGCAGUGUGCACAGAUAACGUGCAGACGCUGGUUUUCCUGCUUGAAAUGGGCGAGGAACUGAGCGCUAGAAAUCCCAAGUCAAAGACCCCGAUUUACAGGGUCCACAGCUCUGUUACGUACCACGCCAUUCAAAAGGGCCAUCUGCAGUGUCUGCAAGAACUCAUCAGUCGAACGGGGGCAGAUCUCCCACUUGACGCCCUCAUCCAAAACAGUGGUGUGCAAGUCAACGAGAAGCCCAAAUACUACCAAGGCCUGUCGAUCCGCGGGAAAAAGCGCGAAGACUGGGUAACUGCUGCUCUUGGUAGAGACACUCCCAACCCUGUCAUGAAGAGUCCACCGUUACUUAUUUCCGCCUUCCGGGGCAAUUUGAGUAGCACCGAAUGGUUCUUGGGCACAGCUCCAGAGCGCCACUAUCUCAACUUCACGCAGACUUACAAGAAUGAUAAACAGCUGCAGCUACUAGCCCGCUCCAGAGACGGCAUCGAGAGGUCUAUUAUAAAAUGGCUUGGAACGAGGAGUCACCUAGUCCUCCACUGCGCCAUUCUAUCAAAACCAACAGCCGAGUCUCAGAGAUUAGUCCAGUAUCUCAUCACCCGCGUCCCAGAACAACUCGAGACCAAAUCCGCAGGAGGAUACACCCCCCUGGCGCUUGCAUUCUCGCUCCAUCGUGUUUCAUUCGCGAAGCUGCUCAUCGACGCAGGCGCCAACCAAACCACCCGAGACAACAAGGGCAACAACCUCAUUCAUCUCAUGCUAUGCAGUAUCUCCGGAAAUGUCCUCCAAACCCCGGACAAUGUCACUAAACUCCUCGACCUCCUCGACAGUCGUCUAGUCCAUUCGAUGUUCACCGAACGAUCCUCAGACGGACCGGGAUCGCUCACCCCUCUCGCUCGCUGGAUGCAUCACAUUAAUGCACGGUCCAGCUGCACACGAGGCGGGUACAGACCUGCUCUGAAAACAGAAGAGCAGGCGGAGAUUGUCCGUCGUCUGUUGGAUUUUGCGCAGCCGACGGAUCAACGACAUCUGGCCAUGCUGGACGGAACGGGGAAUACCCCCGUUCAUAAUGCCGUCAGGGCUCAAAUGCCGAAUGUGUUUGAGAUGAUGAUCGAUCGACGACCGGACUUGUUGCAUCGUGAAAAUGCCACGGGUACGACGCCGCUGGAACUUGCUGUCAAUACUUGGGUUGAAGAGACGACAGAGAAUCCGCCGCCACUUCCCAGUCAGGGCUCGAGCUACUGGAGGGGAAAUACGGAAAGGAAUCAGGAUCUGGUGAAUCAGGGUCUGGAAUACUUUGUCCGGAAGGGUGAUAAUGUCCUCGAAAAGAGCGAUGCAAAAGCCAUCUACGAUAUCAGUCGGGCACGCGCCGAUGCGAGGUCGGAGAAGCGGAAGUUGGUUAGCCUGAAUGAGGCCAACGAGGUGGCAAAACGACUGGCCAUCCAGAGUGAGGCAAAGGCCCGCGCAUGUAGGGAACAAGACCAGUCAAGUGAUGACGAGGAUCAGAGAGAUGAGGUCAGUCGGUGGUAUUUCAUUGCGAGUAGGUUUAAAGAUGAGUAA